AACAUACACAGCACAGAGAAAUACAAUAUUUUUACGUUUCUCGAUGACAGGUGAAGCUGCACCUGCCUCCCCUGACCGCAUUGGCCGCCCCAACGCUUUACGCGCACCGUGGAGAUGUACUUUGGGGUAUUGAAACAGUUAAACUGGGACUAUAGUUGAAGUCCUUGGGGCACGUGUGAGACGUCUCUACACAGUCUCUCAGUCUCCCUCGCUGGGGAUGUGGUGCGUAACUGCGUGACGUGAGUUGAGUGCGUUCAGAACACCACCCCAUCGCCCAGGUCCAACUCAAGAGUUCGUCGUUGAUGUCUCAGUGUGGAACCUCUUCACGUGUAGGCACAGUCACGUUGAGCCAUGGAGAAGUUAAUGCUUGGACUUAUAUGCCUGCUCGGUGUGUUGGUUUGCUUUGGUACCGGUCAGCACCAUUUACGCGCACUCGUCGGACCGUGGAGACACCGGAUUCAGUGGGAGAACAACGGCCAGGUGUAUAGUCUGCUGAGCACGGGGACUCAGUAUCGAUCCCCUGCGCACAGCAGAAGACGCACUCACCUCGUAUUGACCACGAAAAAAGGUUAUAAUCGACUUCAGCCCCCUUUUGCACUCAGGAGAUCCACUAGAACCAAGCACGGAAGCCUCGAGGAGGCGGCAGGGGGUCACAUUCAACAAAACGACCUCCAUCAAAUGGAUGCGUCGGUCCUCGGUGUUGAUGCGGGUCAGUAUCUGCUCGCCUCGGGACGACCGGGGACGCUCGGCGGGUCCCCAUCGAGCCCAGCGACCGCCGGAGAGGGUGUAGUUGUCCGUUCACAACAGGCAACGUCCAACGGCAGCGCCGCCUCUCCCACCCCCAGCCAGGAGUUCUCCGGCAGCGGAGUCCCGCGGGGAGGCCCGAGUGCACCGGGAGAGGGCUCACAACAAGCCACAGCGCCACCGGAAAGAUCCCGGGACUUUACGCACAGCCAAGCCGGCGCGAGGACACCCGAGAGCUCAGAAUCAACUGGCCGGUCAUCCGCCACAGCUGGACGGGUCCUGGUGGCCGAGGGUGGAGGGAGCGCACGUAGAGUCCCGCAGCAGACACGUGUCAGGGACGCGCACAGUGCGCAAAGAGCGCACCUCCUGACCGGAAUCACACCGGAGACAGACGUCUCUCCCACUGCGCUGUCCAGUAACGCCGUAGAAAUUUACUUCCAUCGCCCGAGGCCGGGCACGACAAGGACCACGGACACGGGGGACCCCCGGGAUCCGCACAGUAUUCACCACAGGAACUCGGUCUUCUAUGAUGUCUACCAACCGGACCGUAGAAACAGAUUCGACGUUCAUCCUCCACCGGGUCCGGGCUAUGGCACCAGGUUCUUCCACAACGGUCUCCCAGACUUGGUUCCUGACCCGUACUACAUCCAAGCUGCCUCCUACAUCCAGAGAGUGCAGAUGUACGCACUUCGCUGUGCAGCUGAGGAAAACUGUCUUUCCAGGUCUGCGAGUCAUCCCAGCGUGAAAGACCUCGACUACAGAGUCCUGCUGCGUUUCCCGCAGCGAGUGAAGAACCAAGGAACAGCAGACUUUCUCCCGGCGAGGCCCAGGCACGAGUGGGAAUGGCACAGCUGUCACCAGCACUACCACAGUAUGGAUGCCUUCAGUAACUACGACCUGUUGGACGUCUCCACCGGACAGAAGGUGGCGGAGGGACACAAGGCCAGUUUCUGUCUGGAGGACACGUCAUGUGACCCCGGCGUGAGACGGCGCUUCGCCUGCACCUCCCACACGCAGGGGCUGGGUCCCGGUUGCUAUGACACGUAUCACGCCAACAUCGACUGCCAGUGGAUCGACAUCACCGACGUGCCGCCUGGAAACUACGUGCUCAAGGUGACGGUGAACCCGUCGCGAAUGGUUCGGGAGUCGGACUUCUCCAACAACGAGGCGCGCUGCGACAUCACGUACACGGGGAGCUACGUCCGGGCGAGGAACUGCAGGAUCACCGUGUAGAAGCGGACCUGACUGAAGACGAGGAACCCCCCCCCCCCUCCCCCACAGAAAGAUGUACCCAACACCCUCUGGAGCGUUGUUCUGAGCGUGCAGUGUGGGGACUUUUUGGAUGCAGCAUUUCUUACUUUCAUGUUUUAUAAUCUGUUCCUAUUUAUGUGGCAUGGUACGCUGUGUACACUGCCAUGCAAGACUUCACUGUUGGCCGAUUGUGUGCAAAAAAAAAAAAAAAAUGAGGAAAAGUCUGUGACUCAACAAAUAUGAACGAGCUAUUCAAGCUGUGUAAAUGAAUUUGGCUGUGCAUUUACGUGAUGCUCUUCUCCCCUGAAAGCCAUUAGCAAUUUGUCAGAGAGAACAAACACCCUUAUUAUAUUGACUGUGCAAGGGAACGAAAGACUUGGUAAUAGUCACUGUUGAUGGAAUGACUUGAACAAAUAUUUGACAUCACAAAGUCAUCGCACUGACCAUUUACCAUCACCACCGGUUUAACACGAGCCGAGGGCCGUUAGAAUGAGGAGUGGUAGAUUUGGGAAUAACACACCCUCGGGGAAAUACCAGAAAGGCUUCCACUUAGCACGUCAGCUUCACACCACACGCCCGUUGCUGCGAUGUUUGUCAUGUCGUGUUACAGUAGAUGAGUGAUGGAGAAAACAUUUAUUCAACUGGCAAGGGCUGUGUGAAGGCGCCUGUGUACGCUCUGUUUACACUUUGUCACCAGAUUUGUUCGGGGGACCCUGUCUGGCUGGGGCUUGGAAAUGCAGCACAAACACAUACCUUCAUCGUCUUUUAACGUAAAAAAAUAAAUAGAGGAAGGCUGGAAGCCUUUGACUGCGUCAACUUGUAAAGUCUGAUAAAGUCCCUGUACGGCGGCAGAUAUCAGCAGCUUUUAUGUGAAGCCUUAUGUUGAAAGAGAGAAAACAGUUCCACGAUGUUCGUGAGGUGAAUACGCAAGCAGGCGGAUGCUGAGAUCAUGGAGUGAAUUUCUCUCAGCAUCUGUCGCUGU